UGUACAUGAGCAUUUUCAUGUUGACACUUCCAUUCCAUCAAUGUUUAUUUAUUUUACAAAUUUGUGAAGCUGAAGAACAACUUAAAUUUAUCAGGACUAUUUCUCAGGAAAUAAUCGCAAUGGAUUCACGAAAAAAUAAAAGAUCAACGAAUAAUAAGAAAAACGUCCCAAAACAUGAAUCCAAAUCCUCAAGCAAAUCAGUUUGCGACGGCAGCAGUAGUUCCCAACCGAGAAUUCUUUUGAAACCUAAGGAAAAUGCUGAUUUCCAAAAGAAACCGGAACCUACAAUCACGAUCGCUACCAAGAUUCCUUUGGUAAAGCAAGAUCGCCAACAGCAAAUGGCAAAAGAGUUGGCAGUAAUCAAGCAACGGCCGGUCCAGGAGAUUCCUCAAUCGAUCACAAUAGUGAGCAGUAUGCACAAAUCUGUGAAUUUGGUGAACAGCAAUCACAGUCUUAACAUCCACGCCUUCGAUUAUCUGCAAGAGAAUAACUCGGAUUUCUUCGUGAUCGGCGCAAUUGGUAUGCAGGGCUCGGGAAAAUCUACCGUAUUGAAUCUACUGGCUGCCGAUCCAACGGAGGAAGCCAUCAAACAAGCUGCCUUCCAUGUCGGUGGUGGUGUUUUUCCUAUUACGAGCGUUUUUGGUCGAAGCGCAAUAUCAGAAUUCGAAGAUGAAAUCCGCAUGCAUAUUACGAAGGACCGUAUUAUAUUGUUGGACAGCGCUCCGGUGCUUUCCAAUCGAGGAAACAAAGAUUUUGUGUUGAGCGAGCUGGAUGAUAUUCGACGCAUUAUUGUUCUUUUGAGCACAUGCCACGUUCUUUUAGUUUUGCAGGAAGAUUAUUUUAAUAUUAACUUCAUCAGAUUAUUGCGAUGUGCUGAAAUGAUGAUUCAAAGAGACCAAAAAGAUCACCAAUUUUUGAAUCCUAGAAUUUUGUUUGUUAAAAACAAGUGCAACCGCCUUGCUUUUACAACACAACAAAAGACAUUCCACGAAACAAUUUACAAGCAAAUGCUAAAGGAUACUAAGCUCAAAAUCUACGCAAACGAAGAAACUAAUGAAAAAAUUAACACCAUGUAUUUACCGAAGUUAUGUUAUGAUAGUUUCUUGUUUACCGAUGAUGAAUGUAGUUUUUCGUGUGUUCUUAAACUGCGGCAAUGUGUGUUUAUGACUCCUACAUAUGACACUCUUGAAGGACGUGAGAAUUUAACGGAAAAAGCGUGGUCUCAAAUUAUUUAUCACGUUUUGGAAGGACAUAACAAUAACUACUUUCUUCGGAAAUAUGAAAACCUUAAGGAGAAGUAUAAUUUGCAUAAUCACGUUAAUGUUGUCGAGAAUGCAGCGAAGGAAAAAAGCUAUUUAAACUUUAUAGACACAUAAAUAUAUUUUGUUUAUUCUCAAGA